GCUGCGGGCUGACGGGGGUCUCCCGCCCGUCUCGCGUCCGUGCAUCCUUCCAUCGUCCGUCCCAGGCCAUGGCAAAGCUGACGGUGCUCACCCUCGGGACUGGGGCUGGCACUCUUCAGGGAUCACCGCUCUUCUUAUCUAACAAGAAAGAAUGCUUCCCAAGAGUAAAAUUGGUAGAACUUCCUAACUGUAAAUUAGGAAAAGGAAUAGAAGCUGGCUCUGAAGACUUGGAGAUACUUCGUAAUGGACUGGCUUUCAUUAGCUCCGGAUUAAAAUAUCCUGGAAUAAAGAGCUUUGAACCCGAUAAGCCUGGAAAAAUACUUCUGAUGGACGUGAACAGUGGAUCAUGUCCACUGGAAGAGGAUACAACAGUGUUGGAACUGAGGAUCACUGGAAGUAACUUUGAUUUGUCUUCAUUUAACCCUCAUGGGAUUAGCACAUUCACAAAUGAAGAUAAUACCGUGUACCUGCUGGUGGUGAACCAUCCAGAUUUUAAGUCCACGGUUGAGCUGUUUAAAUUUCAAGAAGAAGAAAAGUCACUUUUGCAUCUGAAAACCAUCAAACACAAACUUCUGCCUAAUUUGAAUGGCAUUGUCGGUGUGGGACCUGAACACUUCUAUGCCAUCAAUGAUCACUGUUUUGUUGACCCCUACCUGAGAUCCUGGGAGUUGUAUUUGGGUCUAGCGUGGUCAUUUGUUGUUUACUACAGUCCAAAUGAAGUUCGAGUGGUGGCCAGUGGAUUUGAUUUUGGUGGAAUCAACAUCUCACCUGAUGGCAAGUAUGUCUAUAUAUCUGAAGUGCUGGCUCAUAAGAUUCAUGUGUAUGAAAAGCACGCUAAUUGGACUUUAACUCCAUUGAAGAAGCCUCUGGACUUUAACACACUUAUGGAUAAUGUAUCCCAGGAUCCUGUGACAGGGGACCUUUGGGUUGGUCGCCACCCCAAUGGCAUGAAAAUCUUCUUCUAUGACCCAGAGAAUCCUACUGGAUCAGAGAGGAUUGUUUUGGCAGUGCAAACAAGAAUUUGAAACUCACUUUGCCAUGGGCAUCUGAACGUUUACUAUGACUUACCUGGGGUUUUUGACUCGGAGUUUUCAGCAGGUCUGGAAGCAGGUCACGCGCCAUGCUUGGUCCACACACUCACACGUGUGAGCCUUCCAGUAACCACCAUUCCCUCAGCACAUCC